GAGUUUAGCUGUCGUGUCCAUGAGGUGAAAGGCAACUACGGCAAGCAAAAGCAGUCAAAAAGAGCGGUGCUGAGUAAACAUCAGUAGGAGUUCAGUUACUCUUUUGUGCCUGAAUAAAUAGGACGAAUAUUUACCCGUCAACUGUGAUUCAUAGCAGUGUAAUGAGAUUGAAAGAAAGGUCUGGGCAGCUCAGAUUAUGGAGCUGGUUCCUGCUCUGCUCCAGCUGUAUGCUGUCUAUAUGGGCCCAUGGAGGACAGCAUGGAGAACCAGCUGCUCCAAAUCAAAUGCCCCCUCCAAUCACACGGCUGGACAGGAACAUGGUUCAGGAUAAAGACCACAUCAUGGAGCAUUUAGAUGGGGUGAUUGAAAAGCCAGAGUCGGACAUGACACCUCAAGAGCUGCAGCUUCACUAUUUCAAGAUGCACGACUAUGAUGGCAACAAUCUGCUGGAUGGACUUGAGCUUGCCACUGCCAUUACUCAUGUGCAUAGAGAGGAAAGGGGAGAUGAUAGCCAGCCAAUGAAGGAAGAGGAUCUCAUCAACCUCAUUGAUGACGUCCUCAGAGACGAUGACAAAAACAAUGAUGGCUACAUUGACUAUGCAGAGUUUGCGAGGUCUCUGGAGUAAAAGACGACGGGAACAGCCGUGGCCUUACUGUGAAUGCAGAUUACCUCUGAUGUACAAAUCUCUAGCACAUUCCCUCAUGUGUGUCCGAUUUCACAGACGCAGUAUAUUCAUGCUUUAGUAUAACCAGUAUAAAAUGUCAUACAGUGAAAUCGUGAGGGGCAUGAGAUGUUUUGUAUUUAUGCCAUCAGUGUAACUAUUCAUUGUUGCACUCGCAUCUGCAUCUCUUGUCAGAAUGGACCCUUGAUGUAUAAACUGCCAAAUUUAUCCAAUGUAAACAAGUAUAAAUUGUUAUUGUUAAAUAAAUGCUUUGCAGUGACACUCUAUUGCAAAGCUGAUGGUUAAGUGAAGCUAAUGUCGGACAUAAUCGCUGCUCUGCUGAUGAAGGAUGGCAAACACACACUUUUUCUGCCUUAAAAGGAUUAUCACUGUUACUGUCAUUAUAAAAAUACCCUUUCAAAAUGAUCUGAAAGGGCAGAACUUGGUGAGUACAUAUGUACAUAUAAAUGUCCAAAAUGCCUAUUCAGACAUGUAAGUCUUGAUGAAUCCCUCUGUAGGCUUAAUGCUACUUUGGAUGGAUUUAACAGCUACCAUCUAUUUGAUUUAGUUGUCCAUUUCUAAAACAGGAAUAGGAAUCGUAUCCUCUAAAACAUCAGGGUGAUCUGAUUUUCAGCUUGCCAUUAGAGUCUGAAUGUACACAAAAUGUCAUAUGGGUCAAUGACAAGAUGCUGUUUUUGUUAGGAUCUAUUAAUUUAUUCAGAAAUUAAGAAGUUAAUUCAUCAAUAUAGUGACAUUAUUCCAUGAUGAACAAUCUUUUUUAUAUUUUUUGAAGCAUAAAUUAAAAAAUAUUUGGGUGAUGCAACUACCCUAAUAUGAUAAUGAAGAAGAAAGCCUUAUUAUUAAAAGAAUUAAAGAAGAAAACUUUAAUAGUUUGGGAUAAUUUUUUAUUGUUAUUCCCUAAUAAAACUGCUUAUUAAAACAUUAUUCUGCCAAAUCAAACUUGUUUGGUUCAACCAAAAUGCAGAAAAAAAAAAAAAAACCUUUCUUGUAAAUGGUAUAAAAGUUUUCCAAAACUGAAUGUAACCAGCAAAAAGCACAUUUCUAAGAACUUGGCUUGUAUUGUUUUCAGCAAAAUAUUUCAAAGAUUGUCAUUGACCCAUGUCUGUUUAUUUUACAUAAAUAAAAUGGCAAAAUGAACAGCAUUUGAUUUAAUCAUGUGUAAUUUAUUUCUACCAAAGCUGAAAAUUGUUAUUGAUGACUUUGAGUAGAAAUGUAAUUUAAAAUCUCAUAUGGUCUAUUGUACAUUUCAUCUGAGAUGAGAAUAACAUGUUCAUAAUGGUCCUUAUUUAAAGUCUGCAGUGCAUUCAGUGUAAACUGAACCUAGUUUAAUUGUCACAGUUUAGUAUUGAUGAAGGAAAUCAAUAUAAAUGUAAUUAGUUUUGUCUAUGGAGAUAUAGCAAUAAUUGAGAGAAAAAUAUGUUCUGUGUGACGGAAAAUAUAAUAAAGACAGAAAACAUCAA